AACCACGGAUGUUCACUGCUAACCAACUCACUGGCUGUUAUUCCGCACCACAGUUGCGUGUAUUCAAUCUAAUAACAACAUCUUCAAGAGUUUGAAAUCCUACAGUUCCAUCGAGUUAUCAAUCACUUCGAGUAUCAGCGAGUGUGCUGUGCGAUCAUCUUCACCUGCCCCGCGCCUAGCUGCGGGAAACCAUAGCAGCCAUGGAAGCUCACGACGAUGAUUUCGACAGUGUUUCGUGGAGAAACGACCCGAGUAGCGAUGUGUCACGACCGACAACUGCUGGCACUGAUGCCGAGGAAUCCGGUCGGCCUCAUCGAGACAUCAAUGGGAAGCGCAGGAUGAGUGUGGCUCAGGAGGAAUCUCAAGCUGGACCAUUGGCCGAUGCUGUUGAUCUGGCUGGUAUCGGAGAUGGUGUUUUGGAGUGUUCUGUAGAUUCUCCGCUCAAGGAGAAUGAUGGAACGAAGGAUGCGUAUAUCUCAUACCUUGUCACAACUCAUACAGACUUCAAGACUUUUCAAAAAUCGGAUUUUGCGGUCCGUCGAAGGUUUCGCGAUUUCUUCUUCCUCUACAAGACCCUAUACCGAGAAUAUCCGGCUUGUGCAGUGCCACCACUACCCGACAAACACAAAGUAGAAAGCUAUGUCACCGGCGACAGAUUCGGGCCGGACUUUACGCAGCGACGCGCAUGGUCACUUCAUAGAUUCAUAAAGCGAUUAACAUUACAUCCAGUGCUACGACGUGCGCCGUUACUCGCCAUAUUUCUGGAGUCGCCCGACUGGAAUGCACAUAUGCGGUUGCAUGGAGGUCGCACUUCGACUAGCACAGCAGACUCUUCUGGUGGUAUAUUCGACAACUUUGCCGAUACAUUCGUCAAUGCAUUCACAAAAGUUCACAAGCCCGACCGGCGAUUCAUCGAAGUACGAGAAAAGGCCGACAAACUAGACGAGGAUCUCAACCAUGUAGAGAAAAUAGUGGCUCGUGUUGCGCGACGUGAAGCAGACCUAGAGUCGGAUUACACUGAUUUGGCGACUCAAUUCCGCAAAUUGGUCCCCCUGGAACCCGAGGUGGAAAUGCCGUUGCAGGUAUUCGCAGCAUCCGUGGACGAGACCUCGCGUGGAUUUAAAGCGCUCAAAGACCAUACGGACCAGAAUUACCUCGGCUCGCUCCGAGAUAUGGAAGCAUAUAUACUCUCGUUGAAAUCAUUACUCAAGACCCGAGAACAAAAACAACUCGACUUUGAGGCGCUGGUAGAAUAUCGCAACAAAGCCGUAUCCGACCGAGACUCGCUUGUGAACAAUCCAUCCUCUGCCUAUGCAUCAAACCCGCUCACUUCAUCACCCGCCUCAUUUAUCCGUUCCAAAAUGGAAGACAUGCGUGGUGUUGACCAUGAACAAGCACGACGGGAACGAAUACGCAAACUGGAACUUCGCAUUGACGAGCUCACGCGCGAAGUCGAAUCAGCAAAGACGACCUCGGAAAUGUUUGAUGAAGAAGUCGUGCGUGAAGUCGCAGACUUUGAGCGAAUCAAAGCUGUGGAAUUCCGAGACUCGCUCGGCGCUCUUGCCGAGAAUCAUAUCGAGUUUUAUCAAGGUGUUAUUAAUACUUGGGAACGAUUCAUAUCAGAAAUGGAUGGAGAAUAUGGUGACGAUGAUACUUUCAGAGGUCGAAGUGAGGUUGUAUCUUGAUUCGUUCCUUAUCACGCACAAAUAAUAUUAAUAUCUUGUUGUUUCUACAUUCCGUCCACACGAUAUCAGAAUACCAUAUAUCAUUCAACUGUAGCAUGCGGACUGAUUACUUCUUACUCCCAUCCCCAACCUCAUACCUAUAAACAUCGGCCUCCAGAUCCAACGGCCCCGACAAAACAGCCGGAUCCUGCGCUCUCAAACUCAACUCUCGUGCUCGUUCCUUUCUCGUCAGCGAAUCAACCUAUAUGGCAUAUGGGAAGAAUAGACAAACCUCUUCAUAUAUCUGACUAGCAGUCUUUU